GUUGACCUCACAAUAUUAACCUUUGGCUGUCUUGGAACCUUCAUUAAAUAUAUUGACAAAGCAAACCUGACAUCGGCGUUUGUUUCAGGGAUGAAAGAGGACAUGAGCCUCUAUGGAAAUGAAAUGAACUAUGCCAAUACCGCCUAUAGUGUCGCGAAUAUUCUUGCGCUGUGGCCUUGCAAUCUUGCUCUCACCCGUUGCAACCCUAGAUGGUUCAUCCCUUUCCUAGAAAUCGCAUGGACCAUUGUUACCCUAGGACAGGCAUUCAUGCACACACCUACGCAGAUGUACGUCCUGCGAUUCAUUCUGGGCGUGUUUGAAACCGGCCAUUUCUCAGCCAUGAUUUAUCUCUGCGGCGCUUGGUAUAAGAAAACGGAACUUGGAAAGCGGGUGGCAAUCAUCAACUGCUCAACGUCAAUUGGGCCCAUGUUCAGCUCAUACCUGCAAUCUGCUGCGUACACUGGACUCAAUGGUGUACAUGGAAGAGCUGGAUGGAGAUGGUUGUUCAUCAUUGAUGCGGUUGUCUCGGUUGGGAUAAUCAUCCCACAAUUCUUCUUCUACCCAGAUGUACCUGCCCGGCAGCAGCCUGACUUCAUAUUUACUUACGACGAGAUUGAGCUAGCUAGAGACCGCAAUCCGAAAGAAGGACGGGUGAAGCAGGGCAAGUUUACUCUUGCCCAAGUCAAGCGCUGGUUUACAACCCCAGAUAUCUUCUUGCUUUGGGUCAUCGCAAUGUCCAAUUCCAUUUGCCAUAUGCCCCAAGACUCGAUGGCCUAUUGGUUCAAAGCAUGGAACAGUAUUAAGCCAAACUCUUACUCUGUUGCUGAAAUAAACAACUACACCACCGGAAUUGGCGGCGUUACCGUCGUUCUUAUGCUUAUCUUCGCCUGGCUAAGUGACUCGGUUCUGAGAGGGCGCCGAUGGCCGCUCCUAGUUGUUGGAGGAAUAGUUACCAGCGCAGUGUGCUUUACCCUUGCUGCGACACCCGUGUUCCCGCAAAACAAAGCUUUCAGGUGGUUUCUGUACUACAAUACAAACUGGGCGUUUGCAGCGAACUCGAUGUACUGGAGUUGGGCUCAAGAUACACUAUCCGGUGAUCCAGCAACACGAGCAUUUGGAGCAGCUGGUCUCAAUGUCGUCAGCUACGUUACCAUCGCCGUUGUUCCACUAUUCGCCUUCCAAACCGUUGAUCAGCCCGGAGUCGUUGGUGGCAAUUUUGGUGCUGGUGCAUUCGGAAUAGUCUAUGCUGGCACGGCUUUGCUCCUCGCCUAUAUCCAGUAUAAGCGAAAGGUCAAGCAAACUGUGGAAGAAGAUUCGGACAAUUAG